CUCCUUCUCCUCACUCACCUACCGUUCGCCUCCUCUCCUAGCCCCACCACCCGCCGCAUCGCCGUCUCCUCUCCUCGGAGCACGGCGCCGCCCGCAUGGCGUCCCCGACCGCUGCGGCCUCCCCGACCGUUGCGGCCUCCCCGACCCGUGCCCUCGCUGACACCACCGCGCCCUCGCCGGCCUCCCCGCCGCGCCGCCUCGCCUCGGCGCCGCCCGGCGUGGACGCGUCCGCGGUCUCCUCCCCGGUAUCCGCCCACUCCGGGGACCUCUCCGCCUGCGAUGUCUCGAGCCCGUUGCUCGCUAGUAGGAGCGAGGAGUACAGGCUGAUGUUCCGGCUCCCGCCGGACGAGGUCCUUGUGCAAGAUUUUAACUGUGCCCUCCAAGAAAAUAUUCUUCUUCAGGGGCAUAUGUAUUUAUUUCUACACCAUAUAUGCUUCUAUUCUAAUAUUUUCGGAUACGAGACGAAGAAAACUAUACCUUUACAGGAUGUCACUGAUGUUCGUAAAGCAAAAACAGCUGCUAUUUUUCCUAACGCCAUAGAAAUUGUUGCUGGUGCGAAGAGGCAUUUUUUUGGAUCUUUCUUGGUGCGCGAUGAAGCGUAUCGUAUUAUAGUAGAUGGUUGGGAGCAGCAUGUUAGCGAUGCUAGGUUGCUCAUUGAACGUCAGGAUGCAAAGUCAGCAAGUAGCAGUGAUGAAAAUGGUUACGUUUUGUUGGAAGAAGGAAAAGAAUCUAAACAAGAUGAAGGUUCGUCGCCAUUGAACAGGUCUGCCAAUCCUACAGCUAUCAUUGGGGGUAGUACUGAUUGUGGUGAUCCAGAUGCCAGUACUUCUAAAAGAUUCUUAAAAGCGCCAGUGGAUGGAACCGAGGACAACCCUGGAUCUCUUAACCCAUUUAACUUGCAGCCGUUUGAUGAUGAUGCUCCUAAUGUACCUGAAUCAUAUACUUUGAUCACGGAGUCUAAGUUUCAGGUAUCUGUGGAAGUUUUCUUUAAUGUCUUACUCUCUGAUGGCGCCCUUGGCUUUCUGGAUGAUCUCCACAAAAAGUGUGGUGACAAAGAAUUUCGUUGUUCCAAUUGGCGUUUGGAUGAGCAAGGAGGACUUGUAAGAGAUGUCUCAUUCUUGCACCCAAUUAAAAUUUAUCUUGGUGCAAAAUUUGGGACAUGUCAGGAGGUUCAGAAGCUUCGUCUGUACAGAAACAGUCAUGUUGUGAUUCAGACAUCUCAAGAAAUUGGUGAUGCACCAUACGGGGACCAUUUCAUUGUUGAGGGAAUCUGGGAUGUUGAACAAGACAGCCUAGAUGAGAACAGUUGCCACCUCAGGGUAUAUACUAAUGUAGCGUUCUCGAAGAGGACCAUUUUUAGAGGGAAAAUAGAGCAAUCAACGAAGGAUGAAUGUCGUGAGGUUUUUGGUCUCUGGAUCAAGCUUGCCCAUGAUAUUUUGAAGCAGGAUGGCAUCUCUCGGAAAGGAGCCUCCAUCUCCAUGAACGCUGAUGUUGAAUCAGGGCCUAGUCUGAACAUUGAAGGUCCUUUGGAAAAUACAGUCGCAUACAUGGCUUCGGCACCAUAUGAUUCUGGUUUGAGUAGCCUUGUUCCUCCCAUUGAACAUCGUCAACAAAGCGUAGGCACUUUGGCAUCCACUUCACAAGAAUUCUGGGGCUCACUCGCCUCAUAUAUGAGGUCCAGUCAAUUUGGUCCGGUUUUAGGAGUGAUGCUGGUGGCCAUCGUUAUCUUAAUGCAGGUAACAAUCAUCGUUCUGCUCAGUAGACCCCCCAAGGUCCUCAUGGUCAGUCCCGAAGCUUCUGUGAGCAGCUUGGGUUCAUAUAGCAAGGAGAGCAUAGAGUGGUUGCAGAAGCGAGUGAGCUUACUCAGCGAGGAGAUGCACAUGGCGGAGGCGCACAUGGAGAAGAUGCGCCACGAGUUUGCAUGGCUCAAGUCUCACCUUGAAAGACUGGAGAGGUUGAGGAGCAGCUCAUGACCGGCCAAGGUGAAUACGGACGUUGGUUGCAUGAUGAAGAAUGUCUGUUGUGUGUAGAGACCGUACAGUUACAUGAGUACAGGGCGAGACAUGUCUGUUGUUGUGUGUUAGUCCUGGUAUAGCAUUGGUGAGGUACUGAGGUGUAUAUAUAUCCGGACUGCGCCCCGCUGUGCCCGGGUGCAAGGUGGUGUAUGUAUAAGGCCUUGUACAAUGGGAGAUGCUUAGAGAAAUAAACCAGACUUUCUUUAAGCACUGGUGCUUAUUUGUACAGGGUAGACGCUUAACUAAGCGUCUCUUCUGUAGAAAUAGGCACCGGUGCUUCAGAAAAUCUCGGUUUAUUUUUCUAAGCACCCCUCUAAGCAUCUCCUAUUGUAUAAGGCCUAAGACGGCACGGCAGGAUGGGGAUGGUGGUGUGCAACAAGGAACGCUGGUGACCAAAGGUAUUCAAUUUUCUAACUGCCUCUUCUCUUCUCUCCUAUCUCUGCUACUCCUACAUAAAGGCACCCCGCUUGGAAUGUCUGAAAUUUUACAA